UGAACCCUCGUCCGGGGACAGUCGUCUCUGACGCUGUCAGCGCUUGUUUAUCGCAGAAGUGAACCUCUACAUAAUAUCGAUAAAAAAUACAUAUAUGUAAAAAUUACAUAGUUUUCCAAGUAUUUAAACAUGACAGGCAUUGAGUUAUGGGGAAUUGGCAUUGCCGUCCUGAAUGUUAUGUAUUCAUUUGCGUAUCUGGGACCCUCUAUUGGCGACUAUUUCACGGCUGAUGAAGGCGAUAUACUGCCCUGGGUGUGGAUUCUUGUAUACACUUGCAACGCGGCUCUGAACACGUAUUUCUUUCUACGCAUGCUCAAGAGCGAUCUUAUAGCCAUAUUGCUCUGGCUCUCUUUCACCUGCAUGCUCUUGCUAUUCCGUCUGUUUGGUAUUCACUAUGGCAAAGUGAGUUCAACAUACAAAAUACUUGCAAUAGCUGUAAAUGUUUACAUAUUCAUCACGCUUAUAAUUAUGGGCGUUGUUUACAAGAAACUUAACAACUCCAAAGAGGAACCGGUCAACAAUCCGCCUGCACAACCUUGGGGAGCUGUCAAUAGAACUGGCAAAACUGUAUCAUCUUCCGUUAACAGGACUGUUGCCUAUAAUACGAAUGAAUCAAUCAGUUUUAUUACACAGUCCAAUUUAUAUGCAGAAAGAAAUGGAAGAAAUAAUGGGACAACAUCGGGGGCAAGAACAGCUGGACACAUGGCCUCAAAUGCCAUGUAUUAUCACGAUAAUUCCUUUUUGAAUUGUUGUGAUAAUACGGCAGAUGAUACUGCAGGAUGUCUCUGCGACGAUAAUGGCAAUGAAGGUGGAUGUGAUGGAUGUGACGGUGGAGGCGAUGGAGGAGGAUGUGACGGUGGAGGUGAUGGAGGUGGUUGUGACGGCGGAGGAGGAGACGAUGGAGGCGGAUGUGACGGUGGAGGCGGAGACGAUGGAGGAGGAUGUGACGGUGGAGGUGACGGAGGCGGUGAUUGCGGAGGCGGUAGUGAUGAUUAGGAUUUAAACAUCAACUUAAACUCGACCAGCAAAUAUUCCAAAAUAAUAUUUUUUAUUAUUAAUCUGCUCGAAUAAGUCAUGGGUCAACUUAAAGCUGCCUGCAACAAAUAUAAAUGCCAUUAGAAAUGCCUUAAGUGAACUAUACAUUUUAAGUACUUAUCACUACGAAUUUUUUACAUUUAUAUAAAUAUUAAUAUUAUGACAAAAUGUACAGCAAAUGUACGUCUUUUAAAUCAAAUUUUAAGAUUUAUUUUGAAAAAGA